AUGAAACACGGUGGAAACAAACUUGCUUCUUUCAAUGAAAUUCAAGGAAUCGCUUCGACAAAUGUACCGGCCUAUUCAAAUGGGGAUGACGACUUCUUUUCUGUUGAACGACACUAUUUUCACGGCAUAUUUAUGGGGUUUAAAUGGCAAUGUGUUGAAUUUGCUCGUAGAUGGAUUUUGAUGCGUAAGAGUUGCGUAUUUAAAAACAUUGACUGUGCGGCUGACAUAUGGAAUGAGUUGACUACUGUUGAACGCGUUAUCGACGGUCAACAUUUCCCGUUAACAGCCCAUCCAAAUGGCUCUCCGCAAAAGCCUCAAAUUGAUACGUUACUUAUUUAUCCUCGUAGUACAGAACAGCCCUUUGGACAUAUCUCUGUUAUAUGUGAAGUUGUCCCAGGUUUUGUUCGUGUUGCUGAGCAAAAUCAUAUGUUUCACUACUGGUCAGAUAACUAUGCUCGUGAAAUUCCAUUGGUAUUCAAGAAUGGCGGUUACUACAUCGAAGAUGAAGACGAAAUAUGCGGAUGGAUAGAAAUUGAAGACAGCCAUCAAUUGCAACCGUUAGACGAAUCGAAAAUGGACGCUGUUCUUCAGCAGUACCAGCAGCCAGAACCAGUAGGCAAAAUGGAACGUUGUUAUAUUUCGACUAAAUCGGUUGAUUUGAUGCGCUCCUGGUUGAACAUCGAUGAUCCGGCUGAAAAGUUUUUUACAGAAUUGUUCGGUGAGGACAUCGCACGAGCCAAUACUUGUCCAAACAAUGUACCUUACUAUAAAGUCAAUCAAGAUUUACUUCUAAAAAUUGGCAGUACAUCGAAUCAACUACAUCGAAUAUUUCUGGAAGCCACGGACCAUGUUAUUCAUAACGACGAACUUUUGAAACGUUUCGGUAUACCAGAGAUAUUCUGGAAUCGUGUUCGCCAAUCUUGGAAAAACGAUCGAGAUUCUACCAUGACAGGUCGAUUUGAUCUUGCAUUUGAUGGAAAAGAACUGAAAGUCUUUGAGUAUAAUGCUGAUAGUGCAUCGGCACUUUUCGAAUGUGCUAUUAUACAGCAAAAAUGGGCUCAAGGUGUGAAGUUGACUUCUAGCUUCAUGUCUGGCUUUCAAUUACAUCGUACCCUAGUGAAAAAUUGGAAACGCUUGAACAUAAAAACGCGUAUUCAUAUAAUGAUUGAUAACGACAAAGAAGAGCGUCUGACUGCUCUCUAUAUGCAAAAUGUUAUGAAUGAGGCUGGUAUCAAUUCAAAGCUAUGUACAAUGACUGACGAUUUCUAUUGGAAAGAUUCUACUAUUGUGGACAGCGAUGGUGAGUUAGUGAAAAUCGUGUGGAAGUUGUGGAUGUGGGAGACCAUUUUCAGAGACUACGUUGAAGUGCAAAAAGAACGAUCUCUAAAUAAUGGAAAUCGGUGGAGUCCCGUAAAUGGAGAACAUCCACGUCUUAGUGAUAUUUUAUUGAAUGAUCGUAUAAAGGUCGUCGAGCCCCUAUGGAAAGUUAUUACCAGCAAUAAAGCACUUUUACCCGUUUUAUGGUCUAUGUUUCCAAAUCAUCCAAAUCUGUUACACAGUGAGUGGACUCUCACAAACGAACUAAGACAAGCGCCUUACGUAAAAAAACCGAUCGUCGGUCGAUGUGGUCAGAAUGUGACAUUAUACGAUGCAAACGGUAAUUCUGUUAUGGAUGAAACUACAGGAAAAUUUUCGGAUCGAAAUUGUAUUUAUCAAGAAUUAUUCGCUCUAAAAAACUAUGAUGGUUAUUAUGCAAUUAUUUGCAGUUGGAUUAUUAGUGGUUUAUUUACUGGUUUCUGCAUACGUGAAGAUAAUAAAUUAAUUACCGAUGGUGAUAGUCCUAUAACAGCUUGCUGCAUAGUCUGGAAAGAAGAGGAAUGA